AUGAAAGACCUUGGGAAUCUCAAGUAUUUCCUCGGAAUAGAAGUUCUCAAGUCUAAACAGGGGAUUUUCAUCUGCCAAAAGAAGUAUGUCCUUGAUCUCCUGGCGGAAACUGGUUUGAUUGAUUGUAAACCAGCAGAUACGCCAAUGGUGGUGAACCACAAUCUUCACAUGGAGCUUAAUGGCGAGCUUGCAGACAAAGAAAGGUAUCAACGGCUCGUGGGCAAGUUAAUUUAUCUCUCUCACACUCGCCUUGAUAUAGCUUAUGCUGUUGGAGUGGUAAGUCAGUUUAUGCACCAACCGCAAGUUGCCCACCUGGAAGCUGCUCAGAGAAUUCUAAGGUAUCUAAAGGGAACCGCAGGCCAUGGAGUGUUGUUCAAAGCAAAUGGACAUUUAAAUGUUGAGCUCUACACUGACGCCGACUGGGCAGGAGAUAAGGGAAAUCGAAGGUCAACAUCAGGGUACUUCUCCUUGGUUGGUGGAAACCUUGUUACCUGGAGGAGUAAGAAAUAG